GCUGUUGUUCUAAGCUCCUAUUUCCUUAUCAAUGAAGUGCUCUUUUAAAUAUUUCCAGAGAGAGUGAGCUCUCUCUCCGCACAAAUUUUUGCUCUUUUGCGUCGACAUACAAGCCACGGCUAUCUUAUCUCCACAGUCGCCUUUUUCCAGCGGACGCGUUCGGUUCAAAUGCUCUGUGUCGCUCGUUCAUUCGACCAAAACAAAGUGCUAGUACGGAGUCCGGUGUAUAUAUAACCCUUAUCCGUUGAAACUGAUCGGGUCGAAUCGGAAAAGCAUACUUUUGCGCAACAGAAAGAAGACUAAACGAUGAAGGCGCAGUCAAGGCUUGCCUAAAAAACUUUCGCAACGCUGCUCGGUAAAGAACUGAGGAGAAGCCAUGACGUAAAACCAGAUUCGGAUGCAGAUUCUCGCUUUUAAGCUUAAGUUCACUGCCAAGCACAGCAACUUAAAGAGAAAGCCAAGAAGGUGAGAGCGCGAAAGCUUUUUGAGCUUGGAGCUUUUGCAACGGCACCCACAAAACGCUAACCGUGAACGUGAAAAUAAUAAUGAGUAACGAAACGUCGGCGAGCGAGACCACACCGCUGCGGCGGCCGGAUAAUCAAACACCAGAUCACAACGUGGCCCAAAGUAACCAAACAUCGGUUAAUAGCAACAACAAUAACUACGGUGACUCGGUGCAAGUGCGUCUGCAGGAGCAGGACAGAAAUAGCGACUGCGAGCAACAACAACGAACGGCCACCAUGGAUACCAACAAAAGAAUCCUCUGCCGCGUGGGCUUGGAUGUUUUAAUCUUGCUCUGCGCUGGUUUUCCCAUACUGCUGUUUUUCCUGCUGGGCGAGCCGUACAAGCGGGGCUUCUUCUGCGAUGACGAGUCGCUGAAGCACCCCUUCCACGAUUCUACGGUCCGGAAUUGGAUGCUUUACUUCAUCGGAGCUGUGAUACCAGUCGGCGUGAUACUCAUCGUGGAGGUGAUCAUUUCACAGAACAAGGCCAAGCAGGAUAAUGGCAAUUCGAGCAGUCGGAGGUAUGUCUUCAUGAACUACGAACUGCCCGACUGGAUGAUCGAGUGCUACAAGAAGGUCGGCAUCUAUGCAUUCGGCGCUGUCCUCAGCCAGUUGACCACGGACAUUGCCAAGUACUCCAUCGGCCGACUGCGUCCCCAUUUCAUAGCGGUGUGCCAGCCCCAGAUGCCCGACGGCACCACCUGCGCCGAUGCCAUCAAUGCGGGGAAAUACAUCCAGGAGUUCACAUGCAAGGGAGUUGGAUCGUCGGCGCGCAUGCUCAAAGAGAUGCGCCUCUCCUUCCCCAGCGGCCACUCCAGCUUCACCUUCUUCGCCAUGGUCUAUCUGGCGCUGUACCUGCAGGCUCGCAUGACCUGGCGAGGAUCCAAGCUGCUGCGUCACCUUCUCCAGUUCCUGUUCAUCAUGGUGGCCUGGUACACCGCCCUAAGCCGCGUGUCGGACUACAAACACCACUGGUCCGAUGUGCUGGCAGGAUCGCUUAUUGGCUCCAUAUGCGCCUUGGUUGUGAGCUACGGUUUGCCCAUGAGUUGGUUCAACUUUCAAACAGUUUGGCCCGCCAAAAGCAAGGCCAAGUAAAAGAGGAUCACAGAGACAGAGACAGAGACAGAAUCAGCUUAUGGCAUUGUAAAGAGGAUUGGCAAUUAAAGCAUCACAAAUUCUGCAUUCCCCGACUAUUCAUUACUAACCUGGUGGUGGCCAUUAGCCUUAAUUGAACUGCGGGAUACGCUCUCCAAACUGGCAGAACUCAACACCUAGCCGCGGUGUCUGUGCCUUGCGUGUGGUGCCAAUCAAUGCCAUCCGCAGCACCAAGUCUUGUUUCCAGGUCGAGUUGACUCUUCCACCCAGCUGGCCAUGCAGCUGUCCAGUUGUAAUUUCACGCUUCACUUGGGGCAGGGGACAUCCUAAGGGGAACGCUAUUCAUAUUCCAAGGCGAUUCAAUUAAAUAGAUAUGAAGGGGGUAAGGAUACACCGACGCAUACUUUUAGGAGCCGCUGUGUAAUGUUUCAAGUGUGGCAUUGGGAUCGAAUGAUACUUCGCAUGUGGAAAUGCUUAUCCAAUGACAAUUAUAUGGGACGAUAUGCAUGACUCAAUCGUUAUUAAAAACCAUAAGACCAUCACUACGCUAUCGCUCUAGAUGCGACGUGUAUGAACCAUUUCCUAUAUAUUCUUACAGAGUAAAUGGGUAUACUAGUUUGCUUUAAAAAGUUGCCACUCCCAUUCUAACUUUUCUUAAAUGUUUUGAUUUAUUUAUUUCAUUUUGUGAAGUUUCUCCUUUGCUGAGUAACGGGCCAAUUAUGUAUCCGACUUGUUUCAAAAGCAAAACACGAAGCCCUAUCUGGCGCGUACAGUGCAAGACAUGAAUGCAUCGCCAGCCCAGGGAAUUACGAUUACUUCAAACUAACCGGCAGAAGUGCAAAACAGCAAUUACAAGUUCCACGAGUUGUAGUCGAACCAUUGCCUCGACAUUCUUAUGGAUUUCAUUAUCGGGACAGUGAAGCCUAGCUUUGCGUAAUCCUAAUUAAUUUAUUCCUGUACUGGCAUUUUAAGAGCUGAGUGUGAAUGUAUGUGUUAGCUGCAAGUGCACUUAAGUGCCUUCUUAAUAUUUAAACUAGAGCAAUUGAGAGAUAUGUGUAUGAUGGCAGCUAUUGUACUAUACUAAAUAUUUUUAACUGACGCAACAAUUUCCACAAAACAAGUGACCUUCAAAACAGAGCAGCGCAAAAAAUUAAUGGAAGCAAUAAGUAUUAUUUAAGCUAAUUUUAGGCUUCGGAAACGUAAAGAUAAUUAUAAUAGUUCUAAGAUUCUUGUAAUAUUUUAAUUUAUAAUGUUUGGCGAGAGUUUACCCUUUUUCGCUGAAUAUUUGUAUGAAAAUAAAAUAGAAGUAUGAAA